CUGAGGGAGGCGGGGACCGCCACGGGCAGCGGGAGCGUGAGGGACACGGGACACGGGCAGCGGGAGCCUGAGGGAGGCGGGGACCGCCACGGGCAGCGGGAGCGUGAGGGACACGGGACACGGGCAGCGGGAGCCUGAGGGAGGCGGGGACCGCCACGGGCAGCGGGAGCGUGAGGGACACGGGACACGGGCAGCGGGAGCCUGAGGGACACGGGACACGGGCAGCGGGCACCGGCGUCCUGAGGGAGACGGGCAUCGCCACCCGCGGCGGGAUCGCAUCGUGAGGGACACGGGCACCGCCACCCGCGGCAGGACAUGGCUCCGAAAAAAAAGGGAAAGUCAAAGAAAGGAAAGGAAGCGAGGCUGAAAGCUGAAGCCCUAUUACGAGCUCAACAGGAAGAAGAAGAAAGACUUGAAAGGGAGAGACUGUAUCGAGAGCUCUUGGAAAGGCUUGAGGCAAAGUAUCAAGGAGAGAGGGAGUCUGAACUAGCCCAACAUAAUUCACUGAAACAGAAGUUUCUUUCUGCACAGCAGUGGAAAAUGGAUUACAGAGAACAAGCCAAGUGGGAGCACUACCUGAGCUGUGAUGGGACUCCUGACCCCACUGUACCUCAGGAAAUCAACACUUUCAUGAGCUUGUGGCGUGAUGACCAAGAUCAGGAUGUUCAGCUUGUGAUGGAGAAGGAGGAAGUGGUGCUACAUUUGGUUGAGAAGUUGGAGUUUCUUCUGUUGGAGGCAGCACCAGAAGAGAUCACAGACAAACAACGAGAGCAGUACCAGGAAGUUAUUCUGCAACUGCAGGAUCUGCUUCACCAGAAGUACAAUGAUGCUACCCAGAACCUGCUCAAAAUAGCUAGUAUGUAUGAAGAUUCUGAAACUGGGAAUAUGCACACAGUCCUAAAGGAUAAAAAUGCAACUUUCUGUAUUUGGGCCAAUCUGAAGAAGAAACCAAGGUUCAAGGACCACGUGUUCCAGGAGGCAGGGCACGGCUUUGAGCUGCCCAUGUCCCUGGCUCUGAGCAGCGUGGCCGUUCGCCUGCUGCACACCCACUACGACCACGUGUCUCCCCUGUGGGUGCAGUGCCAAGGGCUGCCGAGGCAGGGGGCCCCAGCCACCGUGGAGUCAGCUGAGCAGCCGGAGGACACUGGGCAAGGACCAGGAGAAGAGGAGGAGAAAGGCAGGGAAGAACCCAGCGUGCCUGCUGCAGAAGAAACAGGUUCUAAGGGGAGAAAGGAGAGUUCUGUCUCACUGAAAGGGACCAGCAAUAACACAGAUGAUAUAAAAGAGACACAGGAGGAAACUGAGAAGAAUUCAGAAAUUUUGGAUGCACCAUCACAAGAGGAGGAGGCCGUGCUGCAGGAGGAGCCAGGAGGCAGAGAAGAGGCACUGCAAGUUGUGGAUUUGGAGCAGCUGGUGCCCGUGGGGGGCGUGUUCCACAUCUCUGCCCUGCAGCUGCCGCCCCAGGCCCAGGACGUCGGGGACUGGACCAUGGUGGAGCUGCUGGAUGUUGGAUUGGAGGUGUAUCCAUAUUCCCCAGGAAAGGCUGAAGAUGGCACACGGGAAGCAGUACAGAUAACCCUGAGGCUCCCUGAUAAUGUGAUUUAUUUUAAAGUGCCUGUGGUAGCCCGAUGGGAUCCUGCAGGCCAAUGGUGGAGAACUGAUGGCAUCAGCAAGAUAACCUAUGAAGCAGAAGAAAAGAGCAUCACCUUUAGCAUGGGUGACUUUUCUACAGUAGCCCUUCUCCAGGAUGCUCACCUGAACCUGCCCUAUGAGGCCUGGGAAUUGCACCCUACUGGUGUGGAUGAAGGACUCUUCACAGUCACUGCAGUCUUUGCAACCCUUCAGAUACAAAUCAAGGAUAAUCAGUGUAUGUUGUCUUCAGUAGUGGUGGAAGAGGAGGAGGUGCUUUCCCACAUCACAGGGAAAUGGAUGAGUCCUCUUGCCCUCAGAGCAGCUUUGAAAAGAGCUGGAGUGAACAUUUUCCCAGCAGAGUACUCUCCCAAGUAUGUCCCUGUGCCCAGGAAGGCUGCCCUGGCAGAAGUGAAGGCCUAUGAACAGAUGGCUCUGCUGGCAGCUGCUUUUGCUUUUGCUCACAGCAAGUGGAAUGGAGAAGCAGGGCCAGAGCAAGUUGUGUUCAAGGUGAGUGAACAUCUCACAGCAGGUUCUGCCAAAGGCAACCACUGGUCUCUCUUGAUGUUCAACGGUGAGAAAGUGCAACACCUCAAGCUCACUGAAAGCAGUGAAGCUUUUUUGGAAGAGCUGGAAGAAGAGUCUGAAUUUCACUCCACACUCUACCAUAUGGUCAAGGAUUCUGCCAGCAAUGAAGCCAUGGAAAAAGUGGAAAGAGCUGGCUGCCUGUUCAUUGAUUCUGUGUAUCAGCUGCUCCUUGCUACCCGAGUCUUAGCAUACUCUUAAAUGCUGCAUGCUUUCCUUCAAAACUUUAUUAUCAAAAGCUUUCAAUAAAGUUACAUUUCAAG